AUGAUUGAGUCAUUCUUCUAUUAGAUAACAGUAGCUAUUUAAAUACUUCAGCAGAAGCUCACACAUUUUUAGUUUGUUGAAGUUCUCUUCAGCUUCACUCUCAUUCUUAGCAUGAAUCUGGAAAUGACUUGUGAUGACCUCAAGAUCAAGACUAUGAAGGACCAGCCUGAUGAGAAGAUAAAUGGAAAGAAAGCUAAAGGUCUUCACUUUUUUUCUUCUCCAUGGUGGUGCCUGGCAGCUGUGACUCUAGGAAUUUUUUGCUUGGUAUCACUGGUGACUAUUACAGUGCUGGCUAUGCAGUUAUCCCAGGUAUCUCAACUCUUAAAGCAACAGCAAACAAACCUUACUCAUCAAGAAAGUAAAUUGGAAGGGCAGAUCUUAGCUCGGCGACAGGCAGAAGAAGCUUCACAGGAGUCACAAAAAGAACUCAAGGAAAUGAUAGAAACUCUUGCCCGGAAGCUGAAUGAAAAAUCCAAAGAGCAAAUGGAACUUCACCAGCAGAACCUGGCUCUCCAAGAAGCUCUGAAGAGAGCAGGAAACUUUUCAGGACUUCAUUCAGAAAGUGAUUUCCCAUUCCAGUUCGGCAUUCUGGAUGGGGUUGUCUAA